AUGGCUCCACGCAUUUUUCUUCCCAGUGUGGUUUCUUCAUGUGUGUUUGUUGUAUCUGGACAUCUCCUUCAACACGACAUGAAAAUUAGGUUUCUACGACACCUACCGAUAGAGAACCGAUAUUGGACAGGAAUCCACCGACAUGGACUUCUCUCAUGCGUUGCAGGUAUCGCCUUUUCCACUUUUCGAUCUUCAUUUGAUUUCGAUUUCUUCCGUAAGGUUAUUGUUGGGGCCCACACUGUCAUGGCAAAUGGUGUAGUGGUUACACCUGUUGGAUUAAGUAUGGUUGCACUUGAAGCUCAAAAACAUGUUGUCCUUUUUGUUGUUCUUGAUAGCAUCCAUAAGGGGGCACGAAUCCAAGUAUCUCAGGGGACUGCUGGCUUGUUGUUUGACGGCAUAUGCAACCCAUUCAUUUUCUCCCCCUCUAUAGAUUCUUUCUCUGUUCUCUCAAUAUUAGGUGACUUAAUUAUUGGAGCGACUUCGAUGAGCCUCAAGUGCUUCAGAACCACGGAUACAGAUGUCACCUUAUGAUAUGGGAUUUUCAGUGAUGCAGUCGAUUCUUAAACUUACUGAGGUUUACAAGGAUGAGGUAUUAACCUUAUUAGUCUAGCGAUCAAAGGUUAAUAUAAGUCAAUUCACCAAUAAUGUAUAACUUUGAAUAUUAUUAUCAUUUAUUAUUGAGUUUAUAUCUUCAUCUGUACUUCUUCCAUAUGCUGAUUCUAGGAUUUGUCUAGUUUGUAGUUGUGUAUUUGUUAUUUAAGCUUCUUGUUGAUUGGGUGGAGGGGCAAAUCAUCUACUUAAAACCUCAUGAGACUACAAUGGUUAUUGACUUAUGUAUGCAUCUGUUUCAACUUUUCUCGUCUCACAAAAUUGGCAAGUUACAAAUUUAUUAUCUAUUCCUCAUGUUAUAUAAUCUUGUUGAUUGGGUGGAUGGGAAAAUCGUCUACUUGAUCUUCGUUCUAGAAGUGGGUGGGCUGGAAUAAAGUUAAUUAUUGUAGGCAUUAGUCUUAAGUUGUAAAGUCCAAGGUGGUUCUUGGAUUGGUGUUAUCCAAGGCUAAUGGAAAUAUACCCCACAUAGCCUUCUAGUUUGGUUGCGGAUAUGAUUCAAUGUGAUGCCCAAUUGGUGUUGGUGUGUUCAAAUGGGCAAUCUCCUCAAGAGACUUUAAAAAAGAGGUCUACAGUUGGUUUUUUUUGCUAUUAUUCUCACUAGUCUGACUUCCUGACCUCCACAGUUUGGCGAUGGUUUGACCUUUUUUCCCUUCGGGUAGAGCUCUCAAGGUGUUGUGAAGCUUCAUAGGUUUGAGUUGGUGGAUCUAUAAAAUUUCCAGUACCUUGUCUCUCCUGAUGCACUCCUAUUUUUUCUAAAAUAUUGCAUAUUUACCAUUUUUCCCCUGAUGUUGGGCUGGAGAUUCUUGCCUGUUGACGCCUCCUCCCAGGGUCCUAGUUGAACUUUGGGAGCUAAUUUAUAGAUUUCUCAAUUGAGUUAGUUAAGAGGUUAGCCUUUUCCAUCUAUGGCUAUAUUUGGACGGAAUUACCCUUAGGGGUAUCCCCUCAAGAGUUUUCUAUUGGUGCUGAUGGCUUGUGUUUUCAUUUCCUAUUUUGCAAUCUUGUUUUAGUGGGACAUGUAUUAUUAGCUUCAAUUUUGUAUUUUGUUUUUGUUCGUUCUCCUGUUUUGUUCUAACCCCCUGCUGUUUUUUUUUUCUAAUGCAUUUUGCUGUUAGGAAAACAUGUUUUGAAUUUCCAGUUUGCAGCCUUGCAUCUUCUCCGUG